CAGGGUCUCGCUAGAUUGCCGAGAUGGAGCUGAAACUUGCGAUCGUUUUUAAGUCUUGUCCUUUUGACUGUGUAACUCCGCCUCGCCCUCCAGGGGGCGGGGCCUGGCAGUCACCUCCCCCAUCCCGAAGCUUCGCCCGGCCUUGUUUCCAUGACAUUACGUAGCAUUAACAGCACGUGCCAUCAUCCUUCGUCUCCUUCCGCUGUUUUGAAACAAAUCUGGGACACAGAUGGGAAAAUAGUCCCUUGGAAACAGAGUUCUUUUGCUGAAGGGGCGGGACUAGGGCGGGGCUUGCGGGCGGAAGGAACCGGAAGUCGCUUUUCCUGCGCUGGGACUGGGCCCCGCGCUCCCGGGGGGCGGGCUCAGGUGGGUGGGGGGAUCCAUCUUAAACCGCGGGCUGCCCUCUGCCUCCAUUUAAGGCUAGGUGAGUGGCGGAGCGACAGUUGCUGUGGUUUCGGUUCGGAGGUGGCUCCGAAGCUGGCGACGUAGCGACCCGCGUCCAGGUCCAGCCGCCGGUGACUGCAGGUCGGGAGUUCGGCAUCCCCUGCCUUUCCUUCGCUCCUCACUGCUCGUGCCUAUUCCGGAGCCGGUCGCUCGGGGCGGCUGUGGGGAAGGCCGCCGGCAGGCGAGAUGUUCAAAAACACGUUCCAGAGCGGCUUCCUCUCCAUCCUCUACAGCAUCGGCAGCAAGCCCCUGCAAAUCUGGGACAAAAAGGUGCGGAACGGCCACAUCAAAAGAAUCACUGAUAAUGACAUCCAGUCCCUGGUGCUAGAAAUUGAAGGGACAAAUGUCAGCACUACAUAUAUCACAUGUCCUGCAGACCCUAAGAAGACAUUGGGAAUUAAGCUUCCUUUCCUCGUCAUGAUUAUCAAAAACCUGAAGAAAUAUUUCACCUUUGAAGUACAGGUAUUAGACGACAAGAAUGUGCGCCGGCGGUUUCGGGCAAGUAACUAUCAGAGCACCACUCGUGUCAAGCCCUUCAUCUGUACCAUGCCCAUGCGGCUGGAUGAUGGCUGGAACCAGAUUCAGUUCAACUUAUCCGACUUCACCCGGCGGGCAUACGGCACAAAUUACAUCGAGACCCUAAGAGUACAGAUCCAUGCAAACUGCCGCAUCCGAAGGGUUUACUUCUCAGACAGGCUCUACUCAGAAGAUGAGCUGCCGGCAGAGUUCAAACUGUAUCUCCCAGUUCAGAACAAGGCAAAGCAAUAACUGGAAUGCAGCUCAAGAGAUAGACCCUGAAUGUGACUCUUAAGGAAACCAUCUGGAGAACAAUG